ACAGUACAUUUUUGGGGAGUGUUUAUAAGGCAUUAUGCUAAUAGCGAUUAUGUUGGUUAUUUAUAAGCCUUAUUCAUUUUCCAAACCUCUUCCGUGUCUUGUUGCAAAGUACUGAAGUCCCUGCUACAUCUUGCCCAGCCCUGUUACGCAGUGACACCCAGGCUAGAGAGGAUACUGAUUCAUGCUACUGAUGGGCACUUGCUAAGUACUGAAGUCCCUGCUACAUCUUGCCCAGCCCUGUUACGCAGUGACACCCAGGCCAGAGAGGAUACUGAUUCAUUCUACUGAUGGGCACUUGCUAAGUACUGAAGUCCCUGCUACAUCUUGCCCAGCCCUGUUACGCAGUGACACCCAGGCUAGAGAGGAUACUGAUUCAUGCUACUGAUGGGCACUUGCUAAGUACUGAAGUCCCUGCUACAUCUUGCCCAGCCCUGUUACGCAGUGACACCCAGGUCAGAGAGGAUACUGAUUCAUUCUACUGAUGGGCACUUGCUAAGUACUGAAGUCCCUGCUACAUCUUGCCCAGCCCUGUUACGCAGUGACACCCAGGCUAGAGAGGAUACUGAUUCAUUCUACUGAUGGGCACUUGCUAAGUACUGAAGUCCCUGCUACAUCUUGCCCAGCCCUGUUACGCAGUGACACCCAGGCUAGAGAGGAUACUGAUUCAUGCUACUGAUGGGCACUUGCUAAGUACUGAAGUCCCUGCUACAUCUUGCCCAGCCCUGUUACGCAGUGACACCCAGGCUAGAGAGGAUACUGAUUCAUGCUACUGAUGGGCACUUGCUAAGUACUGAAGUCCCUGCUACAUCUUGCCCAGCCCUGUUACGCAGUGACACCCAGGUCAGAGAGGAUACUGAUUCAUGCUACUGAUGGGCACUUGCUAAGUACUGAAGUCCCUGCUACAUCUUUCCCAGCCCUGUUACGCAGUGACACCCAGGUCAGAGAGGAUACUGAUUCAUGCUACUGAUGGGCACUUGCUAAGUACUGAAGUCCCUGCUACAUCUUUCCCAGCCCUGUUACGCAGUGACACCCAGGUCAGAGAGGAUACUGAUUCAUGCUACUGAUGGGCACUUGCUAAGUACUGAAGUCCCUGCUACAUCUUUCCCAGCCCUGUUACGCAGUGACACCCAGGUCAGAGAGGAUACUGAUUCAUGCUACUGAUGGGCACUUGCUAAGUUCCACAGCAAGAGGUGACCUCAUCACUUUGAUACAAAAAAGGAGAGAACUUUUUGAGAGAUCUCUGUACACAGCGUGUGCCACAGAAUAUCACACUAUGGACAUAUCUUUGUGUGAUACAUUCCAUCGUUCCUUCCUUUCCUGCCGGCGCCUCGGAUCCUUGCCCUGGGUGGAACUUGAAAAAAAAAUCCCUUCCGACUCCUCAUUGGUCCUGGAUAUUCUACACAAGACGAUUCUUCAUCCGUUAUGUCAAAAAUAUCCCCCAUCUCUGCAGUACAGAAGACUGUUUCUGUCUGAAGUCAUAAAAAGGCAUGAACGCACCGGUGCGGAGCCACUGGAUGAACUGUACAAUGCCCUGGCAGAGGUAUUAAACGCAGAGGAGACAAAUAGAUGCUACAAAAGUUACCUGCUGCCCAGUGGGGAUGCAGUUACCCUCUCCGAGAAUCCAGCGAUCAUCUCAGGAGGCACCACAGGACUUGUAACCUGGGAGGCUGCGCUCUAUCUAGCGGAAUGGGCCACCGAAAACGCCAGUAUCUUCAAAGACAGGACUGUUUUAGAGCUGGGAAGUGGAACUGGCCUGGCUGGGCUCGCCAUUUGCAAGAGUUGUUUUCCGAAGAAAUAUAUCUUUAGUGAUUGUCACCAACAAGUGCUCCAGCAACUGAAGGAAAAUCUCCUGCUAAACGGAUACUUGCUGGAUAAGCCGCCCGGUCAUCUGGUCACUGAGGAUGGUAGCAGCAGUGAAACCAACACAACAGAAAUCUCUGUGCUAGAACUGGACUGGGAGAGCAUUACUGACAGGCAGCUGGGUGAUCUUCAGGCCGGUGUGGUCAUUGCAUCAGAUGUUGUGUAUGACCCAGAGAUAAUAAUUCCAUUUAUUAGAGUCCUAAUAAACCUUUUCAAAGGUAGAAACGAUGGAAGAAAAAUGGAAAUGCUUAUCGCUUCUACAAUUCGCAACGUGGAGACAUAUGGCCUGUUUCAGAAGGCUCUUGAUGAAGCCGGGCUGCGAUGGCAAGUUCUACCCGAACACAAGAAGACUCUCUUUCCUUAUGAUACAACCAGCAAAGUGGAAAUGUUGAAACUAAAUUUAAAGAGCGAAUCUUCAUAGAAUUAUUCACAACAUGCAUUGAAAAAACUUUUUACGUUGUCAUUUUUUUUACUUUAAGGACGUUUUGUUUUUAUACCUCAAAGUAAUUUAUUUUUUUCUCUAUUAAAUUUUUUUGUUUGUUUAA